GUGCGAAUCAGAUGAAUAUAUAAGCUUCUGGCUUCAGUGCAUCCAAACCAGUGCAGGAUUAGCAUCUGUCCUUAACCGAUAUGAAGUUAUUGCUAUCCCUAGCUGGGUUGGGAUUAAUAUCCCUGGCCUUCGGUCAUGGAAAUCCUUGGGAGCAACAGCCUACGCCACCUGUGAAAAAGAUUCCCGUUCCAGUACCCGUCCCAGUGCCUGUUCCUGUACCUGUUCCGGUGCCUAUUAAAUCCGGUGGAGGAGGCGGAGGAGGAGGCGGUGGCAGUAGUGGUGGUGGAGGAGGAGGCGGCGGCAGUGGCGGAGGUGGAGGUGGCGGCGGCGGUGGAGAAAUUGGAGGCGGUGGUGGUGGCGGCGGCGGCAGUGGCACUUGCCCGAGACCUUCUCCCGAAGCUUUACGGUGCCUCCGGGAAUGGGCCUGUCAGUACGUCAUCCGCCUGGAUCUGCGCUGCCUGCUCACUUUAAAUGGUAACCCAUUGCUGGGCAAUCUCAUUUCCAUACCGGGUAUCACCGGCGGCGGCAGUUCCAGUGGCGGUGGUGGCAUCUUGGGUGGUCUGCUGGGCGGCUAAAAUUGGCCCCGAAGCUGGCGAAAAUGUGUGCACAUUAAAUCCAAUAAAAAAAGGGCUCACACACAGGGAGAAAAAUGAUUUUAAAGUUUUACUUCUUAAUUGAAAAAUGUUCUUUAGAAAUAAUGUCUUAAGAAUGAUUUGAUUUGUUUAGCAAUAAUUUGGUUUUAAAUGUAAAACAUUUCAAGAUUUAAUUAUAUUUUAAAAAUAAAGAAAUAUUUAUGGAAAGACAA